AUGGUGAGUAAAUUGCCUUGUGAUUUGGUAUCUACUAAAUCUAUACCUCCAGAAAUUGAAGAUGAAAUCUUAGAAGCAUUCACUACAUACUCUUUAGAAGAUGAUAUGAAAGUUAAAGAUCUACCAUCUUUUUACAGAGACUUGAAAAUACCCAAGAAGUUCAUCAUUGGCAACAAAAGAAUCGAACCAAAUCAAUUAUCUAUUGAAGGUACAGAUAUUAUUGAUUUUGAUAAAUUAUUACACAGAUCAUAUCAAUUAAUCUUAUUUAGAGAUCAUAAAGAUAUAAUUUUGGAAAAUUGGAAUCUUUUACAAAAAAAUUCAGAUAUGAAAACAAGUUUGGAUUUCAAAGACAUUAAAGAACUUAGUGAUGAUGUGAAGACUGGUAUAAAUGAUUCUUUAUUAUUAGAUAUGGUUGCAAUAGCAACUGAAGGACAAAGUGUUCAUGUUAAUUUUAUUGAUUUUUGUUAUACUAUAGGUAAGUUAGGAGAAUUGAACUAUUAG